AUGAAGGCGCUUUUGGUCGCCGCCGCCGCUUUGCUAGCACCUCUAGCUACUGCCACGGAGAGACCACCUCUCCCUGCUUGCCCAUCCGGCAACUUCACUCCUUUCAUCAGCAAAGGCUGCUACUCUGAUGAUGGAUCAAAAGCACUGGACUUCCGUUCCCCCUCGAGCCAAUAUAGCAUGACUGUUGAGCAGUGUACUGCGGAGUGCAAGGGUAACGGCUAUCGCUAUGCUGGUCUCAAGUACUACGGCGUUUGCUACUGCGGGUCUUCUUUAAGUGCUGCGAAAGUUGAUGACUCCCAGUGCUCAUUGGCUUGCAGUGGUGACAAGAAGGAGGUCUGUGGAGGAAACACCCAGCUCUCUGUUUGGGAGGAUCCUACCUUUGCGAAAUGCGGCAGCGAUAUCACUAUCAACGAUUAUGAAUCUCUGGGCUGCCACGAUGAUGAUGGCUCUUCUGAGGGACGUGCUCUUAAUCACAAGCUGGACUUGGAUGCGAGCACGUUCACCACUAAGCUUUGCCUUGACGCAUGCAGGGUCCGAGGAUACGCCUAUGCUGGCACUGAGAAUGGUAACGAGUGUUGGUGUGGUACCAACGUAGGAAGCAAGAACAUCAAGGUUGACGAUGCGAAAUGCGACGUGCCCUGCCAGGGUAGUCCAUCUGGCAAGUGCGGUGGUAAAUCCGUCAUUGACCUCUAUCACGCCAAAAAGCUCGAGUCUGCCUCAUCUUCUACCAUUGUCCCUUCAGGAGUGUCUACCACAGAGCCAUGCACUGAUAAUGUUUCUUCCUCGACUCUCGCUACAUCUACAACACCGCUGGGUAGUUCUACUCCUGGAUCUUCGACGCCUGGUGCAUCCAUUCCAAGUACUUCCACCGCGGUGACAUCAACUGCUGGCACUUCUACCCCUGUCCCAUCGACUACCCAGAUCUCUAGCACUGAGCCUUGCUCCGAUGAUAUCUCAAGCACCGUUACACCUUCAUCAUCAUCGAGCUCCAUCGUGUCAACUACCUCCACAUUGGCCACCUCGACUCCAAGUUCCCAGCUAUCUAGCUCCACUAUCCCAUCAAGUUCCCCCAGCUCUAAUACCGUGCCAAGCACUACUGCUGGAGCUGGCUCAACUAGUAGUCCUGGAUCCACCACCGUUCCGACCACGACACAGAGGCCGAGCACCACCUCUACUCAGCCCAUGUGCACGGCCACUCAUACGCAGCCCGCCACUUGUGAAUUCAAGUGCGGUAAUUGGUGUGCUCCUGCUCUCCCUGACUGGAAGGACAAGAGCAGCUGUCUCAACGCCGCUAAGACCUGCUCCCUUCAGAUUGCCUCUUGCUUCAAGACAGCUGGGUGGCCAAAAGCUAUUGAAUGCUUCGACUUCUCGAAGUGGUGCGGGCAAGUCGAGGAGUACUGCCACAGCGACUGCCCCUCAGGCAAUUGUGGAAAAACAGACUGCUGGAACAAACGCAAGCCGUCAGGCUCCAACGGGACACCUCCUACUGUCAGCACCACAGUCUACCCCUGCCCUGCCACGUCUACAAUGGCCACCAGUGUGGCCAGGCCCAGCACCACCUCUCACUGUGCUCCUACCCCGACCAAUAUCUGCAAGCAGCCUACCAACACUGACUGGGGAUAUGGACCUGGAAAGCCCGUGGCUGGAGUGCCUCUACCUGUUGUUGGCUGCAACGACAACAAGAAAGACUGGAAGUCCAACCCCUUCAAGUUCUACAACCACCCUGAUAGCCGCAGCUGCCAGUCCUUCACAUGGAACCAACGCCCCAAUGUCUGUGCUGAUGCCUGCCAGGAGCAGUAUGAGGACUGCGUCGAUACAUACGUCCAGAGCUGCAACGAUCAGUCGUGGAGGAGCGGAAGCAAGUACCACACACGUACCAAUGACAACGGUGGAUGUGCGGCCUCCAACACUGGUAGCGAGUGGCGGAAAUCCGGAUGCGACAAGGUUCACUGCUGGGGCCAGGGCGGAAAUGAUGGCAACACGGCCAAGAAGCGAUGCAAAGCACAGUACCAGGACUGCCUGGCUGUCAACAAGAACGUGCAGCCGAGCGAUCAGUGUCAAUCUUGGUGCGGCGCGAAGGGCAAUUAG